AUGAAUUCAGGAGCGAAUAAAGAAAAAAAUAAAUUUUCCGAUAAAAAAGAGCCCCCCAUGGUUGGAAUAUUAAGAGUCGAUUGUAAUAAACCGAGGAGGAGUUCGGGGGGUUCAGGAAGUUCCACGUGCUCAGUCGAUUAUAAAAAAUUAUCAAAUAAAUUAAUGGCACAGGAUGAACCACCAUCGCCACAACCAUCCGUCGAUCGUUUGUCGGUAACUUUUGCCGAAAAAAGUGAUUGGUCGGAAAGUUCGGUCAAAGUAAACAUUUUUGAUCCGGGAUCGCCACCAUCUCAAAUCAACGAUAUGGAUAGAUUAAGUCUUGGAAAUUAUCCUCCAGAUGAAGAAGUUGGAAAAGUUGUUGGUGAAAUGAACGACGACGGAAAAAAAGAAGAUGAUGAUGAUGAUGAUUAUUCAGCGAGUGUUAACGUUAUUAUACAAAGAAGAGAAUCGAUGAAAAGAGCAUCUAGUAAAAGAAGAAAAAGAAGAACGUCAUCUCCUCUCACGACAAUAGAUGGUAAUUUACAAUUGGGUACAAGAAGAAGAUCUUCCGAGUAUACAAACAGUUCAGGAGACACUGCCAUAACAGUCGAAAAUGAAACGACGACUCAAGAACAAAUAUUCGAGAACAUUCGAUUGCAUAAAGAAGUUUUAAGCAGUGCUAAAUUUCAACCCUGGGGUAUGAGGAGGAAAAUAAAAUUGGUUCAACAGGCAAAAGCCUACGUGAAAAGGCACGAAGGGGAGUUGCAAGAAAGGUUAGCCAUGUCGAAAAGUACGAAGGAUAUUUUAGCAAGGUUCAACAUAUGGCUGAUAAAGAAGUUACAAUUUUUAAAAAGGGAAUUGGCAAACACGAUGACACUUUUAAUCCCGUGGGAAUUAAGAAUAAAAGAAAUCGAAUCACAUUUUGGAUCUGCCGUUGCUUCUUAUUUUACAUUUUUAAGAUGGAUGUUUUGGGUUAAUUUAGUCAUAACGAUUGUUUUGGCAUGUUUCGUCGCCAUACCUGAGAUGUUAACGGCGGAUGUUAAAAGUGCCGGAGAAAGAAAAGAAAUGCUUCCGGAUGAAAAACGUACGGCUACUAAUUUAGUAACACUUUGGGAUUUCGGUGGAGUACUUAAAUAUUCUCCAAUUUUUUACGGAUAUUAUACUAAUCACGAUGGUACGAGUACCGGGUACCGGUUACCACUUGCUUAUUUUAUGACUGGAAUUGCCGUUUACGUUUACAGUUUCGUCGCGACACUUCGAAGAAUGGCUGAAAAUUCUAGAAUGAGUAAAUUAUCGGAAAAAGAUGACGAAUGUAUAUUCACUUGGAAAAUAUUCACCGGAUGGGAUUACAUGAUCGGAAAUGCGGAAACGGCUCAUAAUAGAGUAGCAUCACUUAUACUCGGUUUCAAAGAAGCUUUGCUCGAAGAAACAGAAAGAAAAAAAGAUAAAAAAAAGUUAUUAUUAUUAUUAUUAUUAUUACUAUUCAUUCAUUCAAUCAUUCAUUCAAUCAAUCGUUUUUUCGUCGAAAGAUCAACGCAACCGGAAGCGAAUGAUUCGUGGUGGCGACAAAACGAAAUAACCGUUUCCGUUUCGAUCAUAUCGAUACUUUUUCCAUUUUUUUUCGAAUUGCUCGGUUUAUUAGAAGGUUAUCAUCCUAGAAAAAGUUUAAGGAUACAAUUGGCGAGGAUUAUGGUUUUGAAUUUGUUAAAUUUAUACACUUUGAUUUUUUCACAAUUUUGGAAAAUCAGCGAUAUGACGAUCGAAUUACAAAAUAUAAAAAAAAAUUACACGUUAAAUUAUUCGACGACGACGACGACGACGUUUGAUGUAACCGGAAAACCGAUUUGUUUCAUGGUACCGGAAAAUUGUACGAAAAUAUUAACGAAAAACGACGAAUCAUCAUCGACUUCAAAUCCGAAUAAAAUUUUUAUUAAUAAUAAUAAUAACGAUUCGACAACAAUGGUUAAUGAUUUUAUGACGUCAUUAUUAAAAACAACAACAGCGAAUCCGUCGACGACGACGACGACGUCAUCAUCAUUUACGAUUUUUAAUCGAGACGAAGAAAACGGAAACGAGGAUGAUGAUGAUGAUGAUGAGGACGAGGACGUGGAUUACGAUUACGAUUAUUACGAAACCGAUAACGUAACGGAAAUUAUACCGGAAGUAGAUGAUAACGAUGUAUUAAAUUCUAGUUUUGUUGAAAAAUACGUUAGGAAAAAAAAAAAUGAAAAAUUUACGAAAAACUCGAAUUUUUCAUCUCGGAAAAAUUUAUUAAAUUUUUUAACGUCUAAUUUUAUUUAUUUUAAUGAAACAAAUAAUAAUAAUAAUAAUAAUAAUAAAUCUUUAUCGAAAAGGAAAACAACAUCAAACGACGAUGAGAACGACGGCGAAGACGACGUCGUUUACGAUAUGGAAACGAGAAAAAGGUUGAGAUCUUUAUGUUGGGAAACAAUGUUCGGACAAGAAUUGGUUAAAUUAACCGUUAUGGAUUUAAUGUUGACAAUACUUUCCGUACUUCUCCUUGAUUUUUUUCGCGCCAUAUUCGUAAGAGUCAUGAAUAAGUGUUGGUGUUGGGAUUUGGAAAAGAAAUUUCCACAAUAUGGAGAUUUUAAAAUAGCCGAAAACAUAUUGCACUUGGUUUAUAAUCAAGGUAUGGUUUGGAUGGGAAUGUUUUUUUCUCCAGGACUUCCAGCGAUUAAUCUCGUCAAACUCGUUAUCAUGAUGUAUUUAAGAUCUUGGGCUGUAUUGACUUGUAACGUACCUCACGAGGUUGUUUUCCGUGCUUCCCGUUCGAAUAAUUUUUAUUUGGCACUUUUAUUAACCAUGUUAUUUCUAUGCGUUUUACCUGUCGGAUUUGCCAUAGUUUGGAUCGAACCAUCAUGGCAUUGCGGUCCGUUUUCCGACUACAAUAGAAUAUACCAUCUUUUUACGAAAACGUUGCAGAAGGCAUUGCCGAAAACUCUUCACAAGGCUUUAGACUACGUCGCUUCUCCAGGAAUAAUAAUACCACUUUUAACUCUUCUCGUUCUUAUUAUAUAUUAUUUAAUAUCAUUGACGAAUUCUUUACGCGAAGCAAACAACGAUUUGAAAAUACAAUUGAGACGAGAAAGAACGGAAGAAAGGAGAAAAAUGUUUCAAAUGGUUAAUAAAAGAGGUAGAAAAGAAAGUAAAGAAGAUGGCGGGGAAACGCCUUUCUCAAAAUGGAAAAAAUUAUUACCGGAAUUAACUAUGGGUGGUAAACAAGGGCAACAAACGUUGUCGUCUGCUGGAAAUGAUGUUGAUGUUACUCUUGUUAAAAAUAAUGAUGAAAAUGAAAUUACAAGAGGAAAUAAUAAAAAGGAAAUUAAUCGAAAAGAAUUGCUGUCACGUUUAAUGAAAAAAGCUAUUGGAAAAUCAACCGGAAGUGAAAAAAUUUCAAAAGAAAAUGAAGAAAAUAAAAUUCAAAAUGGUGAAGAAAAAAAAAUUUCGAAUGAUGAUGAUAAUAAUAAAAAUAAAAAAAAAUCAUUAUCAAAUGUAACGAAAUCGGAAAAUUUUAUUAAUAAUAAUAAAAAAUCCGAGUCGAGAGUUCAAUUAUCUAAAUUAAACGAUAAUAAAAUUAAUAAUAAUAAUAAUAAUAAUAGUCUCAUCGGAGAUGAUAAUAAUCAAAACGAUGAUAAUAAUAUUGAAUUAUCGUUGUUAUCAUCAUCGACGAAUAAUUCACAAUCUGAGAUUCCGGUUAUAAAAAUUAGUAAAACGGAAAGCGAUGAAAUCUUAUUAAAAAAGAUUGAUGAUGAUGAUGAUGAUGAUGAUAAUAAUUUUUUUUUAGGUAAAUACGAAAAAGGAAAAUUUAAAAAACUCGUUGAAAAAUUUAUUGAAAUUAGUAAACGUGAAAAAUUUUUUAACGCGAAAAAAAAAUAUCAAAAUCUUUAUGACAAACCCGUAGUUUAA